AUGCCUUCACUGAAAAUCGCCGUCAUUGGCGCUGGUCCAAUUGUUGUUUUCGAAUCAGAUAAAUCUCCCAAUGCUCGUGUUCCAGGUGGACCUCUUGACCUUCAUCCUGCUACCGGUAUUGCAGCACUGAAAGAGGCAGCCUUGUAUGAGGAAUUUCUCAAACACGCUCGUUUUGGUGGCGAGGCUCUGGUAAUUUGCGACAAGAAGUUCACCAAAUAUAUCAAUUUACCCGGCGGGGACGAACAUUCCUCUCGCGGCCGACCUGAGAUAGAUCGGACAACGCUUCGCGAUAUUCUUCUCAAUUCCGUACCACCACACCUUAUUAGAUGGGGAUGUCGCCUGCGCUCUAUAGAUGAAAACCGCAGCCUAAUCUUCGACCACAGCAGAGAGUCCGGGUACGACUUGGUUGUCGGAGCAGAGGGGGCUUGGAGCAAGAUUCGCAAACUCAUUUCCGACCAAAUGCCAACUUAUGCUGGCUUGACUGGCUAUCAUUGGAGAAGCCCCGAUGCCAUGGAUAUAGCACCCCGGGUCGGUAUUUUCCUACUCCGACGGACGUGCGAUUAUGGGCCAGCAGCUUGGGGCGGCAGCCUGAAUGUGUAUACCUUCGCACCAUGGUCGGAAGACCGGAAAGCAAAUGCGCCAUUUGACCUCCAUGAUACCGAAGCGGCCAGGAAUGCAUUACUAGACGAAUUUCACGACUGGCAUCCAGAUUUGCUGGAUCUAGUUCGUCAUGGGCAAGAUCCUGAGCCCCGACCUCUUUAUAUGCUUCCUGUGGGCUGGUCCUGGGAAAGUUGCCCCGGGGUGACCUUAGUCGGGGAUGCUGCCCACGUCAUGACACCCUUUGCAGGCGGGGGCGUCAAUCUGGGCAUGCAGGAUGCUCUGAUACUAUCUCGGGCCAUAUUUAAGGCUUCCAAAUCACCCACAUCUGAGACCAAUCUACCAGCCGAAAUCAAGUCUUUCAAGAAGGACCUGUUCGUACGAGCAGAGCAGACCAGCAAGCCUGACCAAUGA